AUGGCGCCCACCGGCAACGGCUCCUCUGUAUCCACUCCCGCGGAUGGCUCUAAUGCUAUGACUUAUGUGAAUGCCAUUCCUGAACUGGAUGGCAACAACUAUGGGAAAUGGUACCAGAAAUUGGAGAUAGCUCUGGAGAUGGCCAAUAUAGAUUUGGCCAUCACAACGCCAGCUCCACAAGAACCAGAAAAGCCCGUAAGGGCACAGAAUGAAGAAGCUGCUGCUUGGGCUAUCCGAGAGAAGAAUUAUGACUCUGCUAUGACCAGAUAUGAUGCUGACAAGACACGUUGGAAUGAUUCCAACCGCAAGUGUCUUAUGGUCAUGAAGGGUUCCACUUCAGAUGCCAUCAAGAUGGCGAUCCCAGAUUGUGACACCGCUUUAGAAUAUUUAGCAAAGGUGAAGAGUCACUUAUCACCAAGAAAGUCCCUACCAAAGGCGUUUGAGGCAUUUCAUGUCAACUAUAACGCUUUUCCAGAAGAUUGGGGAAUUGACAAGCUGAUUGGCAUGUGUGUUCAAGAAGAAGAUCGCCUUAAGAACUCCAAUGGUGGUGAACUUGCUUUUCAAGUUCAGCACAAGAAAAAGAACUUUCAGAAUAAGAACUUCCAGCAUAACAAGAGACCUUUCCCACCAGCCAAGAAUCAACAUGAGAGUGGCCCUUCCAGACCACCUCCACAGAAAGACUGGGAAAAUUUUCCAGUUGAACAAGACCAGUGCCUGAAGUGCAAAAAGAGAGGGCACUACAAAAGGGACUGCCCAGAAUUUCUGAAAGAGUUGUUAAGAAAGGGGAUCAAGUAUGAGGAGGACCCUGCCAAGAGGCGCAAGAAGAAUUAAAGUUGCAAACGGUGUAGAAGCUGAAGUCGAAGCCAUUGCAGAAUUUCAUUUAGAAUUACAUAGUGGCUUUGUACUUUGUUUGAGAGAUGUUCUUUAUGUACCGUCUUUGCAACGAAACUUAAUAAGUGUGUCUAAAUUAGAUGAUGACGCUAUUGUUUGUCAUUUUGGUGAUGGCAAGUGUAAGAUACAAGUUAAUUCAGAAUGUGUUGGUCUUGCCUUCCGACAAGACAAAUUAUAUUUGCUUUCAUUAUCU